GGCAGCUGAAGCCUUGGCUGGCAUGACCCAGCAGUUAGAGGCAUGGAGGUGGCUGCAAAUCCUUGUGCAGGCUGUGGAUUGAGCUUGGGCCUUUCUGACUGUUUCCCCCCUGUCCCCUUCCUGCUCCACCAGGUCAUUUGCCAUGCUGUUGCUUGCAGCGAGACCGAGCCAAUUGCUCAGCUGGUGGCCCGGCAGAGGAGUUCCAAGAGGAAGACGGGACGGCAAGUGAACUGCCAGAUGAGGCUGAAGAACACGUCUCCAGUCAAGCUGGCAGGAAAGCCCAAAGGAACUUUGAGACAGCCCAGGUCUUUGAGCGUGCCAGAAGAAGGCAGCAAGAGGCCUGUUCCUCGCUUGCCACGAAGCAGAGGAGUGGCGUGUGGUGUGGUGAAGCCCACUGUGGAGAGCGCCCGUCUCGCCCUGUCACCAGCUGCCGGGAGCGGAUCACCUAAAGAAACGCCCAUGCAGAGACACGUCACUGUGGUCAACAGGACUGUGUACAAGGACGAAUGUUUUGGUCAUGUAUCCUGAAAAACAAAGUUUACCUAUUGCGCUGCAUGCUGUUGUCUUGCAAAGGUGCACCAGAAGCCCACCUGCAGCAUUUGGGAGGAUUUCACCGCAUUCUGCACCCACAGAGAUCCGAAGACCUGCAGUGUUUUACCCACUGGACAGCCUGGCUGGCUCCUGUAAUUGCUUAUUUGAAAUAGGUGUUGGACUGCAACGUGUGAAAGUUGAAAAGAAGUGCAUUCAAUGUGAGGAGCAGUAUGGAACACCACUAGGACCUGAAAAAAGAUGUGGCACUUGUCUGCUGAAACAACACAUAGGAGUUGGGUUCUGGAAGAAAAGAAAAAGUCAA